AGACCCGCUAUCGAGUCUCGAAAGUUACUUCGACUCAGCUCAAACGAGUCAAGUUCACAAAAUCUACAAAACGUGAUAUUUUCUGUUUUUAAGGCAUAUCCUGAGAAAUUUUGACUGGCUGUCACUGGAUGCAUCAGCUCUGCCUGUUUUUUAUGAUAACUCUUUGAUAAUCGUUGUUUUAAAGAAAACAAUACUCCACCAUGAAGAAGACGAAGGGUAAAAAUAAUAAACCUCCAAUGAACUUCGAUAUGGAUUUUGAGCCUCCCCCACAAGAUGUUGAAAAGUGGUACACAUCGCUUCCGGCAGACCCAGAGGAGUUUCCUUCGUGCCCUACUGACAAAUUAGAACAACUGAAAGAAGAAGCAAAAAAUUAUUUGAUCUCUGAUUCAAAUGGAUAUUCCAUCAAGGCUAGCAAGAGCUCAGAACAGAACUGGAUGCGUUCGGUUAUGGCCCAGGGAACUGGAAAAGACAAAAUGGCAGCACUCACCAUCAUGAUACAGGAAAAACCCUUGUACAACAUCAGUGCAUUACAAUCUCUAAUAGGGCUUAUAAAACUAGGAAAGAAAGAAUGUGCAAAUUGUAUAGACACAUUGGUUGAACUGUUUGUUUCUGAUUUGUUACCACCUGAUAAGAAACUGAAAAAGUUUUCUCAGAGGCCUCUUAUGUUACUCGAUAAAUUAAGCUCUGGGAACCCUGCUGGCCGGCGCCGGCGCCUAGUAUUGUGGUAUUUUGAAGACCAGUUGAAAGAUACAUACAAAGUCUUUCUUGAUGCUGUUAGACUGAUAUCCACAGACUCAGUAGAAGCAAACAAAGAGAAGGCCAUCAAAGCUUUGGGCACACUUUUGGGGUCCCAUCCGGAGCAGGAAGCAACUCUAUUAUCAAUUUUAGUGAAUAAAAUGGGUGACCCUCUUAAAAAAGUAGCAUCCAGAAGUAUGCUAUGCCUCACACAUGUUUUGAGUAAACAUCCUAACAUGAAGGGUGUUAUAAUCAAUGAAGUUGAGAAGCUGCUUUUCAGGCCAAAUGUUGGACACAAGGCUCGCUAUUAUGGAAUUUGCUUUUUAAGUCAGAUCCUCUUUACUAAAGCCGAUGCACAAAUAGCAGCAAACAUUAUUAAAUUAUAUCUUUCCUUUUUCAAAGCUUGUGUCAAACUUGGAGAUGUUGACUCCAAAAUGUUAGGUGUUCUUCUUUCUGGUGUCAACAGAGCCUACCCUUACGCUAAAGAGGCUAUGGAUAGUAUUUCAGAACAACUAGAUACACUUUAUAAGAUAGUUCACAUUGCUCCCUUCCAUGUUUCUCUGCAGGGUUUGACUCUGUUGUUUCAAGUUUCGGAUUACAAAAAUAAUGUUUCAGACAGGUUUUACUCAGUUUUAUAUCGUAAAUUACUAGACCCUGCUCUUGGUAAUGCAUCUCAUGCCCCUAUGUUUUUAAAUUUAGUAUUCCAAGCCUUGAAAAAGGAUGAAAGUGUUCCCAGGGUCAAGGCAUUUAUCAAAAGAUUAUUGCAAGUUUGCUGUUACCUGCCUGUGCCAAUGGCUUGUGCCACCUUAUACAUGAUAUCACAGCUGUGUCUCAAAGAUACUCUCAAAGCGUCAAGUUUUCAACCAAACAUGGUAAAGGAAGAGUGUGAAGUAAAGCCUUCAGAGGCUAUGUCUGCUGCUUUAUUAGAAGAUGACUCCGAAGAUGAACACUAUGAUGACGUUCCUCUUGAUGAAAAUGAAGCCGCAAAGCAAAAAAAAGUCAAGAAAGCUUCCAAAUCGGACCAGACUGUUAAAGAUGAUGCUGCGUCAGCUGCAUGGGUUUAUAAAACUAACAGCUCAAACAAAUCUAAAUCAGAUGGGUAUGACCCAAUGCACAGAAACCCUUUGUAUGCUAAUGCAGACCUGAGUUGUUACUCAGAACUGAGCUUUUUGUCUCGCCACUUUCACCCGACUGUUGCCCUAUUUGCUUCUCAUUUAAUAAAUGAGGAAGCAAACAGUUAUGAUGGGGAUCCCCUCAAAGAUUUCACUCUAGUCCGCUUUUUGGAACGCUUCUCAUUCAAAAAUCCCAAAAAGCUGCCAGAAAAUGUUCCAUCUCUGUUUGCUAAACGUAAAAAGUAUGCCUCUACUGGAGUGAGAAGUUUGCCUGUGAGAUCUGAAUCCUAUCUCAAACAGAAAGAAGAUAAUGUGCCUGUGGAUGAAAAAUACCUUUUCACUUACUUGCAGAACAGAAGAGCUGCUGCACCAGAUCAAGAUGAUAAGGACAGUGAUGCAGAAAGCAUUGGUGAUGAGGAGUUUGAUGGCAUUCUUGAUAAAAUGAUGCAGAAGAGAGGCUUUAAGAAGGACAUGGAUGAAGAUCUUGAUUUGAAUUAUUCUGACAUUGAUGAAGAUCUGGACUUUGCUGAUGAAUACACUAAGAAUAUGACAUCAAAGAAGACGAAAAAGAAGUCGGCAGAGGAUGAUGAUGGUGAUGAUAUUAGCGGCAGUGAUGAUGAAGAAGAAGAGGAGGGUGAUGAUGAAGGUGGGGACUUUGGUGAUGAAGACAAUGAUGACUUUGGUGAUGAAGACGAGGAUGACUUUGUUGACGAUGGAGGAGAUGAUGUUAUUCUGAAUGGUAAAACCAAGCGCAAGGACAAAAAGCAAAAGGACUUUGAUGAUUAUGAUGAUGAAGAAAUGCCCAGUGACUUUGACGAUUAUGAUGAUGAUGGUGAAGACAUUGACUUUGGAGAUGAUUCGGAAGAUGAAGGUCCAAAGGCUGGUAAGAACCGUAAAAAGAUGAAGUAUGAUGAUGUAUUUGCAUCAGCUGAGGAGUUUUCAGAAUUGAUAGAAGCAGCAGGUAAUGCCAGAGAUGGCACCUCUUCAGCAGUAUCAAAUAAGGACAAAGCAUCUUUCAAGCAAUUGGACUGGGAAGCAAAGAGAGACCGGUCCAUGAAAGGUUUUGGGAGAAAGGGACCUGGGAAGGGAAGCAAGAAGGGAAAGGGCAAGCCUGCGGGAGUGAAACGGUCAUCUUUCAAACCCAAGAAGAACGGACGGCGUUAAACUUUCGACCAGCACACUUGAUUGUAAAAUAUUUUAAUAAUAAUUAUAAUGAAUUCUUCAACCUCCA